AUGACCAAUUGGAACACUCUUGAGGAGAAAUUUCUUGAUAGGUUCUUUCCGCACCACAAGUUCAUGGAAGCCAAGACAACGAUUGCGGUAUUUGCCCAAGGUUCAAAUGAAACACUAUGUGAAGCUUGGGAAAGAUACAAGUCCAUGCUAAGGAAGUGCCCUAAUCAUGGCUUUGAUGAACUCACUCAGAUCCACAUCUUCCGCAACGGAUUGCUUCAACAAUCAAAGCUUUUGUUAGAUGCCACAGCUGGUGGUUCACUACUGUCACUUAGUGUUGCAGAUGCAACAGCAAUCAUUGAAAAGAUGGCACUUAGUGAUCGACAAGGUGAAUACAACAGGAAUCCAUCACAAAGAAAGCCAGGAAUUCUUGAACUUGAUACAUCGGAUGAUGUGUUGGCUCAGAACAAGCUUCUUACAAACACUGUGGAAGAACUUUCAAAACAAAUGUCUAAAUUGAUCAGUCUACAGGAAGGGUCAAGUAAAGCUAAGCAAGUUGCAUACUGUAAGUUGUGUACUGGAGAUCAUCCAACUGGUUAUUGUCCUCCUACAAAUGAAGAGGUGAAUUAUAUGGGUAACCAACCAAGACAAGGCAAAAGCAAUAUAAAAGUUACACCAGCCACCUCCUCAACAAAACCAAAACUCCAAUUUGGAGGAGAAUGUGAGCAAGCUCAUGGAGAUGCAACAGCAACUGUGCUAGACAUAGCAUUAUCAUCAUCUUCCGCCUCACUCUGUGUGGCCUCAUCAUCAUCAACAGCAUCAGCUGCAGCUUCAUCAACAACAUCAUCAUCAUCAUCAGCACCAGCAGCUUCAUCCAAGAUGCAAUUGCAGGAGCAGAUGAUGACCCCUCCAGAGUUUCAGACUAAUGCUAAUUGGCCUGGGGACAUGCCACAUUUCACAGAAAAGGGGCGAUUGAACAAAGCCACCAGAAAAGACCAUUUUCCAUUACCGUUUAUGGAUCAAAUGCUAGAAAGAUUGUCAGGUCAAGAGUUUUAUUGCUUCUUGGAUGGUUAUUCGGGGUACAAUCAGAUUAUAGUUAAUCCUGAAGACCAUGAGAAGACAACAUUUACCUGUCCCUUUGGUGUUUUUGCGUAUAGACGGAUGUUUUUCGGAUUGUGUAAUGCUCCAGCAACAUUCCAGCGGUGUAUGCAAGCUAUUUUCUCUGACUUGAUUGAGAAGUACAUCGAAUGUCAUUUCAUGGUGACUGAAGCCAUAGUUCUUGGUCACAAAAUCUCUUCCAAGGGCAUUGAAGUUGAUAAAGCAAAGGUUGAAGUCAUUAUGGAACUUCCACCACCAGUCAAUGUCAAAGGAAUCAGAAGUUUUCUUGGUCAGGCCGGAUUCUACUG